AUGAACACACAGGCCGAGCAGCAUCAGAGGAGAAGGAAAGCUGACAUUGCGGGCCUGGACCCUUCUUCAGAAAUCGGGGAGGGGAAGGGCAUUCUGAAUUAAAUACGGAUUGAGGGGGAGACGGAUAGAAGAUGGAUAAAGGAGAAGAUAGGUGGAGAGGAGACAGACAGGUCAGAGAAGCGGGGAUGGAUCCAGUAAAGAAGGAUUGCACCAUGUUGAACCAGAGAAUACAGACGGGAUAGACAUCACAGAUAAAUCCCGACCAUCACCCAAGGAAUAACUGCACAACUAUGGGAAGGCAAGCAGUCCCUUCACAGCAUUGCUUAGCACAGAGAAAGUUGGGUAAUGAAACCAUCGUCCGGAAAUUGGUUGGGCAAGGAAAGCAUUAACAUAUCAUCAGAUCUGAAAUUGGUUAAUGGUGUGAAGUCUUCCAUCUGAAUCAACCUUUCUGAAGGUUGUGGACGAUCGGUCAGAGUGAGGCUAGAAGAAGCGUGAAUGGUUCCAAGUGUGGUGAGAGCUUCAAUUAUUCAUCAAGCCUCAUGAACCACUGACUCAUUCCUGAAGAGCAGAGGAUGUUCAAGUUUGAUUAAUACUUCACAGGGUCAUUUGAUCUUCUGAUAUACAAGAUGAAUCUAUUGCUCAUUUUAACACAGAGGCAGCUACAUGGAAGAGAAAACAUUCAAGUGUGAGUUGUUGUGUUGCUGACACCGCCAUCUUGAAAGGUCUGCUGCCGCUGUUGCCUCCAAUUGCUGGGAGAAACAAUGUCCGCCAUCCCUGACCACUGGAAAGGCUGCUGCCAUUCUGCGUUUGGCCUACUUUUGCUGCAAUCCUGAUGCUAUCCAUUAACCUGCUGCAAAAGGUCCCAAAGGAAAGAAAAAAAAACAAAGUAGAUGGAGAACGGAUGAGCCCAGGCUCGAGCCCUCACAUGGCCCUUCUACCCUGCCGUGAUGUUGAAUACAUGGUAGUUUAACUUGAGAGUCAUCAGGCUGAGGCUGAGAGGGUGGAACCUUCAUGGUAAUCUCAACAGUGCAGUAGAACUGAGCCUUUGCUUUUGAUGUCAGUCUGCAUUGCAAAUCAACCAUUCAGCCAACUGAGCUGUCCAACCUGGGUUAUUAGAGGUCGGUUCAUUCUGUUGGAUGGACAAUUAGGUGGAGAGUGAUGUUAACAGUGUGGAACAUAAGAAGUUGCUGAAAAAGCUCAGCAGGUCUGGCAACACAAGACCAUAAAACAUAGGAGCAGAAAUUAGGUCAUCUGGCCCAUCAGGCUGUACAUCCAACACCGACGCUAUCAGUUUGAAAGCCUCUCGGAUGAAGAAUGCUAUUCCCACACUAGAAAUCUCUGUCAAACAUUUAUCAGGGGAACUGAGACAGCAGCUGCAAUAAGUGAGGUUUUAUUUAGACGGAGACAAUGACUAAUUCCCACCUGAUCUGCUGCUCAAAGUCACCUCCAUUUCACAGGUCAGUUUCACAAGCUUCAGAAACUCACGUUGCUGCAGAAAUAUUUGGAUUGGCUGUUAGAGACGUCAAUCAGAGAGCCCACCCACUCUGCCCAUUUAUCCUCUUCCUCUUCCAGAGCUGGUUCACUUCCUAUGGGGACUGCAAACCAAGUGAGGAGAUGAAGGAUUACACUGUACUAUACCAGAGAAUACAGAGAGGAUAGACACUGCACAUAGAUCCUGACCAUCAUCCAUGGAUCAACUGCACAACCGUGGAAAGACAUCCAGUCCCUUCACAGCAUUGCUCAACACAGAGAAAGUUGGGCAGUGAAACCAUCAUCUGGAAAUUGGUCAGGCUCGGGAGUUUUAACAUAUCACUGGGAAUGUGCAGCCUUCCAUCAGAACCAACUUUUCUGACGGUUCAGCAAUGGGUAAUCAGUCAGGGUGAGGCUGGAAAGAAGCAUGAGUGGCUGCAAGCGUGGUGAGAGCUUCAAACAUUCAUCGAGCCUCAUGAACUACUGACUCAUUCCAACAGGUGAGGGGUUACUUGAUUGUGAAGUGAGUCAGGAGGGCUCCAAAGGUUCAUAGGAUAAGAUAUACCUUUUGGACACACUGUUAACCCACAGACAGCCACAUGGAAGAGAAACAAUUUAAAUGUGAGGUUUGUGAGAAAUCUUUCAUGACCUCUACGAGGCUGCUGACGCACCAAAUGAUUCACACGGGGGACAAACCCUUCAGAUGUGAGGUUUGUGAAAAGGCUUUCACUCACUCCUCCCAUCUCCUGAGGCACCAGAGAAUUCAUACAGGGCAGAAACCAUUCACAUGUGAGAUCUGUAACAAAUCAUUCUCUGACUCAUCGAACCUACGCACACAUCAACGUAUUCACACAGGGGAGAAACCAUUCACGUGUGCAGUGUGUGACAAAUCAUUUUCAGACUUAUCAAAUCUCCGCAGACAUCAACGGAUUCAUACGGGGGAGAAACCAUUCACAUGUGACAUCUGUGACAAAUCAUUCUCAGAGUCAUCACACCUCUAUGGGCAUCGACGCAUUCACACAGGGCAGAAACCAUUUCUGUGUGAGGUGUGUAACAAAUCAUUCUACGAUUCAUCAACUCUGCGCAAGCACCAACGCAUUCACACAGGGGAGAAACCAUUUGCCUGUGAGACAUGUGACAAAUCAUUCUCACAAUCAUCAGCGCUUCGUAUCCACCGACGCUUUCACACAGGGGAGAAGCCAUUUACCUGUGAUGGAUGUGACAAAUCAUUCUCAACAUCUUCUCAACUCUGUACACACCAACGCAUUCACACAGGGGAGAAACCAUUCAAGUGUGAAAUAUGUGACAAAUCAUUCUCAAGGUCAUCCAACCUCCUACUCCAUUGGAGACUCCACUCAGGGGAUUAGCCUUCAAGUGUGAGGUUUACAGUAAAGCUUUUAUGACAUUUUUGAGUCUCCUGAGACCUCACAGGAUCUCCUGCACUACCAGCCUGUUCACACCAGAGAGAAAAGAUUUAGGGGUGAGUUUUCACACUGUUACUAUAUCAUCAAUGGCACAAAUCGGAGAAACCUGUCGAUUGUGAAUUCUGCAAUAAAGCCUUAAUAUGAUUAUUGUAUCUCCUGGAACACAAGCAAACCCACACAGGAACCAUCUCAUCAAGUUCUUGCUCAAUCUGUCCUCAGAGUGUGUAACUGUGUACACAGUCUCACAGUGCAGGGUGUUCAGUGGGACUGAGACACAGAACAAGAAGCAGCUUUCACUCCCAUCAAACACCUAGUGAUGACAUCACCAGUGCUGAGGGAUUAUGAUGUCAACAAUGGAGCCACCCUGCAGUGUGAUGUCAGUGACACAGGACUUGGAGUAAUCCCCAUGCAGUGAGGGCAACCCGUUGUGUUUGUAUUCACAGUGUUACUCAGUAUGUGUUAACAAUGUGCACAGAUUGAGAGAGAGCCUAGAUAUUGAUUUUGCUUCACGAGGAAUUUAACCAACACCUCUUUGGGAGAGAGAAAGUAAUGAUAAGCAUCCUGGUCAAAUCUUUCCAAAACAAUUGCAAACAAUGUUAUUUCAUUUAAGAGAUACCACUUGGAAGUGAAGUACAAACAAGGUAAGCAGAUGUGCAUCACUGAUAUGCUGUUGAGAGCUGUACUUGAUUUGAAGGAAAUUGAUGCUGGGUGUGGAGUGUGAAAUCUCCCAGAUUCAACAAGAAGCAACAGCAUGGUGUGCUGUGAAAAUCAUUAUGCUAGUAGAGACAUUGGCUCCGACAGAUAAGCAUCUUCCUCACAGCAAACAAAUCUCACAAGAUGCAACUCUUCAGAUGUUACUGGAAGUUUGAUAAAAGGAUGGACUGAAGCCAUCAAGGACACCCGGUGACUGUAAGGGAGUAUUGGACCAACAGAGAUGAAGUGAUUGCCCAAGGCAGAACUGUGUAUAAAGGGGAGCAGGAUCUUUAUUCUAAAACAAUUGACAAAAGAGAUGCUUAAAUUCAUCCUGCACAAAUUGUCAAGGAAUUGAAUCUAGUCUGAGUAAGCACAUGGACUGCACCAGUUCAAGAAGGCACCUCGCCAUCAUCUUUUGAGCGCACCUAGGGAUGAGCAGUAAAUGCUGGCACAACCAGCAAUGGCCACAUCCUAUGAAUGAAUUUGAAAAGGAUCCAUUGAAUUGUUUCCACUCUCCACGGGAAAGAAACUUUCAAGAAUCAGAUAAGUAGAACCCCAACGAGUAGUUCUCUGGACUUGACUCUCUCGAAUGGAUAGUGUUGGAAAACAGAUUGAAACUUUGUGUUGUGCUAUGUUUUAAAUCUUGCCAUCUGAAUUCUGCAUUUGGAUUGCUUGGAUUGUAUUUUUUAUUUCUUCCAUUGUGUAAUAAACUUCUGUUCUGCUAUUGAAGAAAAUGUACAGCCUCUUAUGAAUACAUCUCAGUCACUAACCACCACGUUAAUUGAUCUCUCAAGCCACGUUUCAUCCAGUGAACUGACUUGUCCAGCGGUAUCAUUAACUGGGAUCAUCAAGAUCCCUUCACUGACUUGUGUAAUUGAAGCAUAACAUCCUUAGUUUUGUAAAAACCGAAAGAACUGCAGAGGCUGUAAAUCCAGGACAAAAAGUUGCUGGAAAAGCUUAGCAGGCCUGGCAGCAUCUGUGAAAGAGAAAACAGAGUUAACGUUUUGGGUCUGGUGACCCUUCCUGAGAACUGACGGUUACUAGGAAAACGUCAGUUUAUAUGCAGAAAAUAGUGAGGUGGGUGGAGGAGAGAGUAAACAAUAGGAUAGAGCCUAAACUGAGAGAAAAAAACAGUUGGACAGACAAAACUAACAAAGUGUGAAGCUGGAUGAACACAGCAGGCCAAGCAGCAUCUCAGGAGCACAAAA